UAGCCUGAGUGCACUAAGGCUCUAAGUUAGGCCUUGUUUAAACAGGAUGACUUAAAUAUUGAGAAGGCAGGAAGGCAUUUAAAGAAAGGGGAAUAGAAAACCAAAGAAUUAUCAGGGAUAAUUCACUAUAGUGAGGAAGUAAGUUUAGGAAAGCAGAGGUGGGAGGAAAUGACAUGGAGAAUUCACUUGGGACCAAGUUAUGAUGAGCCUCAAAUGCUAGGUCUAGAGUGAGAACAUUCUUCUGUAGUCAGAGGAAGCCCAUGAAAGUGUUAGGCCAGUCAAGUGAUAUGGAAAUGAAGUUUUAAUAUGCUAAUAGAUAUAGAAUAACCAGGAAUGGUGUGUUAUUCACAGUCCUCUCAGGAAAGAUAUAGCAUAUGGAAAAGAGUAAUUGAGAGGAGCUUAAGAAAAGAGUGGGCAUGAACACAUGAAACCAACAAAGAUUUGGAAAGCACCCCAGUGAUUCCUGCUACAGGUUUUGGGAUGGAAAAUGGUCUGGCUGUUGGCCAGGGUGACUGAGCCAUCUAUGUCUCAUUGUCUAGCUGGCUGGCUCAAGCUUCUUCACUUGGUGGUAGUCUCAGGGUUCUAAUAGUGGUAAGAAGGAAAGCCCCAAUUACUUUUCAGAACUCUAUAUCAGUCUUGCUAAUCUAUCAAGAUUCAAGGAAUGGAGAAGUAGACCCCAUCUCUUGAUGAGAAUAGUUGCAUUUCACAGUGUCAGGGUGUGGACGCACAGAGGUAGAGAAUUUGUGAACACUUUUAUAACCUGCUGUAGUAUAUGAAAGAAGAAAUAAUUUUUUAUUAUUCCAAAUCUUAAAAACAUACUCCAAAUCAAUUGUCACAUAUUUUAACAUAGCUGAUAUGAAGUACUGUGGCUUACAGUCCUAUUUUAUUUAUUUUUGAAAUGUGAUUGUAUUCACUGAAGUUUUGAGAAGGAAAGGUAAAAAUAUUUGGUGUGGUAUUACCACACUGUGAUUUAUUUUUGCUGAAGAUCAAGUGAAUUUUCCAGUCCUUUCCAGUGAACAAAUGGAUGGAAUUUGUGUGGGAUUUUGUUUGACAAUAUGUCCAUUGUAGCUCAGCGUUCAGAAUCUUUGUUUUGAUUUUUACAAAUGCUGUUUUAGUCCCUGUUCUGUUUUCUUUUAUCAUGCCUUCUACUCCUUUAUGGACAAACAUCGAUGGUAAACCCCCUAACUUCAUAUGCUGUCAUUGUUCCAUCUUGGUCACGAUUUUGUUGUGUUUGCUAAGCCAAAGGUGAGCUGAAUUAGACCCACUGAAUAAAUUUAUGCUUCAUCCUGGUUGUUCUUCUUGGCUAUAUUAUUCUUGUACUCUCCCUAUAAGCUUCAAGAGAUUCAGGAGAAAUGUUUUGAUAGAUGUUUCUUUGUCUUCCUCUUAGAGAACUUGAUGUGCAUCUGGACAAAAGGAUGAAAGAGCAGAUAAAGAAGAAGCAGCAGGAUGUGGUUAGAUUUCUGGAAGCCAACAAGAUAGAGUUUGAGGAGGUGGAUAUCACAAUGUCAGAAGAACAGAGGCAAUGGAUGUACAAAAAUGUCCCCCCGGAAAAAAAACCUGCUCAGGGCAACCCCCUGCCACCUCAGAUAUUUAAUGGCGACCGAUACUGUGGAGAUUAUGACAGUUUUUUUGAAUCCAAGGAAAGCAACUCAGUCUUUUCAUUUUUGGGCCUGAAACCACGGUUGGCAUCAAAGCAGGCAGAACCUUAGAGAAGAAGAGUGGAAGAUGACGGAGAUGCAUUUUGAAGCACCCACUGGUACUCGCACACACAUGCUUACCUAAUGCAUCACUGUGACAAAAGCCACACACAUUACCAGUCACUUUGCUUGCCACGGAAAAGAAGUUUUUGAAAGAUGUGGAUAUAAUGAGGAUUGCAUGAUUGCUUUAAACCAAAUCAGGUGGUGGAUUUUUUUUUUCUUUCUUAUUUUAUUUUGCCUGCAGUUGCCUCACUCACCUGGAAAUACUGACACCUGUUACAGGUGUACUUUCUUAAUGACUGAAAGUUAAGUGGGUAGCACCAUCAGAGAGAAAAUGUUGGAUCUGCCCUAGGUUAUAGUAGAUGCCAAAAUUGCAUAAACCCACUUCUCUUUAAGCUACCUGGAUUGUGUCUUUGAAAUUUGUCUGCCAGGCUGUUAGAAUGUUUGAAUCAGAAGGAAAAAAAAGCAGCAUUGGUUGAAAAAGGGCGUUGAAAAAUUUGCUGCAGAAUCACUUACAAGCAUCAUGAUUCCCAUGCUUUGUAAUAACACCUGGUGAAAAAGUUUGAUAUUCUAGACUUGUUUUAGUAAUGGAAACUCUUACCCCAUAUAUCAUCCAGGCUCCUAGAGAUGUUUCCAGAAAUCCCUGUUGCAACAUCAAGUGAUCAGAACUAAGUUACUAGAAUGACAAUAAUUGCUAUUUGAAAUAUAUGCUUCUUUAUUUCUUGCAAGGGGCAAGUUUCACCUAAAUGCCUAAGACUGCUUGAAAGAUAUAUUUUAAGUGGUGCACUAAUUAGUUAGUAAAUUUAUAGGAAAAUUGUCUGACUAGUAUCUGAAGGCAUAUUCAGCUCUAGCAAUUUAUUUAUAAUACAUAAGUAUUCAUAUAUUUUUAAAUGCAGCUCCCCUAACAGACAGCUGCUGCUUCUAUUUUGUGAAGGGGUUAUAUUUUUUGAGAAAGGAAGAUUUCAGUUAGAUAUAUUUUGUGAACCCUUGAUUAAACAUAUUAAAAUAUACCAAUAUUGUAGUAAAAUUUAGUUUUUCUUUAUGUUACUUUUCAUUUGUCUCUAACUUUGCUUGCUCAUAUUUCUGGCCAAUGUACAGCCUACAAUUUUUCAGAUUAAUAGAGAUACUUGCUCUGAUUUCAUAUAUGAGCAAAAGUAAGUUUUCAGAGCAAUACAUUUGAGAAAGAGAGUAACUCGGAAUUGUAUUUGUCAAGGAAAAUCUCUACUCCCAUUGGAGUGGAUGUUGAUAAACAUUGAACGUGUCUACUUCAUUAGAGCAGAGGCUACUUUUCUGCAUGCUUGUUCCUUUAACAGGGAUGCUUAAUUU